UAACAGAAAACAUAUUUCUUUUUUUCUAUAACAAAUUGGUAUUUUUUCAAUAUGCUUUAUUUUUUAUAUCUCAUGGUUGGCUUUAUAACUUUUUUGUAGAAGGAGAAUUCACGCGAAUUAUUGCAUAAGUUAUGACCUGCAGCUUUCUCUUAAAUGUCACAUGGAGAAUCAAACGACAGUGUCUUACUUUCUGCUCCUGGAAUUCUCACAAAAUCGGCAACUGCAGCUUUUGCAUUUCUUCUUUCUCUUUGUGUUAUAUUUGGCAACUGUAACAACAAAUCUUCUCAUCAUCACUGCAAUAGCUUUUGACCAUCGCCUGCACAGCCCCAUGUAUUUCUUUCUUAUGAAUUUAGCUGUACAGGACCUGGGCAUUGUUUCAGUCAUUGUUCCCAAAUCCAUGAUCAAUUCUCUCAUGAACAACAGAUGCAUCUCUUAUGUUGGCUGUGUUGUUCAAGUCUUCCUCUUUGUUUCUUUUGCAGUUUCUGAUUUCUCCCUCCUGACAGUUAUGGCAUAUGAUCGGUAUGUUGCCAUUUGCAAUCCACUGCACUAUGAGAUGGUGAUGAAUUUGAAAGCCUGCACUAAAAUAAUAAUAGUAGUGUGGUUUUCAGGUAUUCUAUGUGGCACUUUGCAUACCAUUGGCACUUUUUCCAUCCUUUUUUGUUCUAAUGUUGUCAACCAAUUCUUUUGUGAAAGUCCACAAUUGCUAAAACUAUCCUGCUCUGGGUUAAAUCGACUUGAGGCUGGAAUUGUUGUAGCCAAUAUUAUUACUUCACUAGGUUGUUUUACUUUUAUUAUUGUAUCUUAUGCAGUGAUCUUCAAGGCAGUAUUAAGAAUUCCUUCUGAUCAAGGCAGGCAGAAAGCCUUAUCCACCUGUAUUCCCCACCUUACAGUAGUGUCUAUGUUAGUAUUAAGUGGAUGUUUUGCCUAUGGGAGACCUCCAUCUAACACACCAUCUUACUUAGAUAUUGGGUUGACUACUCUGUAUUCCCUCCUUCCACCCCUGUUCAAUCCAAUUAUAUAUAGCAUGAGAAAUAAGAAUAUCAAAUUUGUCCUUUCUCAAUUGUGGAGUGUCUGACAAAUUCUUUUAAUGUUAUUUAUAUUCUGUUCACCACAGUUUUACAUUUUUUCUGGCUUUUCUUUUACUUCUAUGAAUAGAGGAUUAAGGUAAAAAGGAAUAGUUGGGAUGGAGGCAAAUCUGAAAUAUCAAACCAGGAAAACCUAGCACUCUAGAUUUUGCUUAAUAUAGGUCCUGCAUCCUAAAUUACUGUCAAUUUACUCUACUGAUGCUAAAUAUGGAUUGUUUGACAGUUCUGGCAUUCCACAGGCUGAUAAUUCCUUAUAUUUAAUGAAGUGAGGAUCAGGGUAUAAUGUGAAUAGCAGAAAUACUUUCAAUCCAGAGGAGUUUUAAAUGCUGUAGCCUAUUUUCCCCUUUGCUUUCCCAUACAAAAUAGAUUCCCUCUAAAGCUGGCAGAUAAUAUAACUAGUUAAAGUUUCAGCUUUUCCAAAAGUACAUGGGCCUUGAUAACAUUUCCCUCCUUAAUUGAUCAUUUAUUCCUAAAGUUUGAUAUUUUGCCUCUUUCAGUCAGUCUGCCCAGACAAUUCUCUAUAGUUUUCUGGGCAAUCUUUUUCAGAAGGGGUUUGCUAUUGCUUCCUUAAGGGCUGAGGUGGGGUGGUAGCCCAAAGUCAUCCAGCUGGCUACAUUCCAAAGGUGGAAUAGAAGUCUAAACUGCUGAUUUCUAACCCAAUGCCUUAACUUCUCUGUCAAACAGAUUUUCGAGUCUUUAGCUCAGACUAUUAUUUGUUUCUUUUAAAAAUGUUUUGGCAAAACCAGACACCUGGCAGGUUGAGAAAGAUUUGUGAGCUUUUAUUGUAUCACAUAAACUUUUGAUAAUCAAGUAAAACAAAAAAUGGAAGAAAUUAAAUUAGUAUGAUACAUGCUUCUAAUGAAUAAAAUAAUAAUGAUGAAAAAUAAUUUCAGAAAUCUUACAUCUUGGUAAGUGGAAGAGAUAAGGCAUGUUUUCUGGUCCAAUGCAUGGACAAAGGAAGAUAGGUAGAUCUACAUCAAUGAUACCUUACUGAAAUGUUCUUGAGAAAUAAUAAAUUCUAUCCAAGCUAUUGAUAAUGCAUACCAAAUGCCAUAUCACUAUUUUUGUGAUAUAUCUGCCAUGAUCCUCAAGUGUAUGCAAUAUGGAAGAUUCAUCAAGUACUUUGGGGCUUGGUAUAAACAUACUUUUGAAAGGUACUACAUUUAAUCAACGUGACAUCAGUAACGUCCUUUGAUGAAAGUGAGGGGCUUUCAGCUAGAAGUAUAUGAAAUUUUCUCUUACAUUUUAAAUCCUCUUUUGAAUUUUAUUGUCUUAUUUUCUUGAUUUCUCUGUGGAUAUUUCCUGUUUACAUUACACUUUGCUGUUAAAGGGAUUGUUUUGCUCUACUUUAAACUACGAUUGAUUCUUUCUUUGUUUGUUUGUUUCUAAUUCAUGAACCUAUUAUUCCUAUUUUAUCUGAGAAAAAGGAAUGAGCCCAUAUUUCUUUAAGAGUCUUUCUAAUUCCAGUUCAUCAUCAUCAUCAUCAUCGUCGUCGUCGUCGUCGUCGUCGUUGUUGUUGUUGUUGUUGUUGUCUAACAGAAGAAAUUGUUUGACAUAUUUGAUUACCAGAGAUGGUGUUUUAUAUAUCACCCUAAAUAAUGAUUAGAGAUUUUAUUGUGGAAUAAACUAUGAUUAGCAGGAAUGUAAAACAAACUAACUCAUAUAAUCCUUAGUUAGUUUAACUGAUUCAUAACAGCAUAUUUAUUCUCAAACUAACGAAACAAGGUGAUUUAAAAGUUAUGUAAAUAAGGAAAUAAUAACUUAUGAAGUUCAUUAUGUCACCAUUACAUUUCAUAUUUAUCUUUUUAAAGAACUUUCAGCACAAAAGUACUGUAGUAGGUUUUUUUAUGCUUUCAUAUGAAUGCAUGUGGGCAAAAAGUAUUUCCAAAAUAAAAAAGAGAAUAUUCCUUUAUUUGGAGAAUAUUAGUUGAUGUAUUGGAUUAUAUACAUAUAAACAAGUCUGGAAAUGUCUUGAAAAUCAUACUUUGUGGUUGUCCCAUGACUGACCUCAUUUGGGUGUAGCAUUUCCUCAAGAGGGUCUUCUGAGUAGUAGACAAUUUUUUUUGCAAGUAUAGCAAAAAAAAAAAAAAGAGGUUGUAAAAGAUUGAAAAAUGUGGUUGGAGUCUGGUCUUUCUUCAAUAUACAUACAAAUAGCAAAAUGCAAGUUUUAUAUUGUAUCAUAUUUCUCUUCUUGCUUCUCACCACAACUCUUCCUUUUACUUUCUACUUUAUCUAUAUAUCAAAAUUAUCUGGGAUUAGAAUUGAAAGUCUGAGAAAUUCAUAGAGAACAAGCCCUUUGGAGUUAUGUAAAGAUUCCUUACUCCCUUUAUUUAGCAAGCAAGAAGGAUAAACAAGCAGGUUAGCUCAGAAUGGAAGUUAAUCUUUUAGACUUUUCUUAAUAUGGAGAAAAUCAAAAUACGUCACUAAACUUGUCUAUAUACAACAGUCAUUCACACUGCCACUACACUGCCUUAUAGUUAUGGUAUAUUAUUAUUUAUGCUAUAAGCCAGAAUCCUAUUUGAAUUUGGUGUGAUAUCUCCUUUUUGAGAUAGGCCAGUCAAGAAACCAACACCUCAAGUUUAACUGGAAUUAUACUUUUAUAGUCUUGAAAGUCUAAUUGUGUUUGCCUUCCCUCCUUUUUAUAUAGAAGACAGUUAGCUUGAAGACAGUUGUUUUUAUUCUUUGCUCAUUUGCUGGGUUGUUCUUUUCAUUCUGUAUAGUUUUUAAAUUCUUUCAAUUCGAGACAUAUUUUGUUUAAGCUUGUUGUAAAAUAUGAGUUACAUAAAGGUUCAAUCCAAUAUAGCUAUAUGAAAAAAUAAGAUCUGGUGGAGCUGAAACUCUUGAAGUAAUCAAGACUUUUAGGAAACAAAAUUUAUCUUGCCAACAUAAGUGCCAUGGAAGGCUAUCUUUUACCCCUUUCAUAUUUAAGUACAAGAUUUUAGUGUAUAUAUAAAACAAGUGCUCUAUCAAAAGUUUACCAAAAUACUGAUGUACUGACUUUGUCAAUGUGGCCACUCUUGCUGUUACCUUUCUUUCUAUUAACUUAGAAGAACAUGGGUGUCCUGUACUUUCUAUUAUAUGCUGUGCCCUCCCAAUGAGAUGUUCAAUUUUUUUCUUCAUUUUCCACUAUGUGUUUUAUUCAAUCAAGCCAGCCAAAGCUACUGAAUUGUCUAAAUUGCACAGAGAAGAUAGAUUUUCCUACCAAUUUAGAUAUAUUAAAAAUAUGCUGAAAUAUGAUGAAAUAUGUUGAAAUAUGAAAAAUGUUGAAAACUGUUUCUUGAUGUUUUGCCACAUGGGCUGUGGAUGGGUUCUUCUGAAGAAGUGGUAGAAGCCAUGGGGGGAGGGGAGAAUAAAUUUUGCAACUAUCAAUUAUAUUAUAUUUGUAUAAUUCCCUUUCUAAAUCUUAUCCAUUGUGCAUCUUGUUCUGUGAGGGUUUUUUUUACUCAUUUCCAUGGAUUCACUAUAUUAUUUUUUCUAUUAUAGGCAUUUUUAUAAGUCUCUAUGAGCUUACAUUGUAUCUCAUUCUAUGAGUCUUGUUUUAGGCAUGUAUCUGCAGUCUCAUCAGGAAGCCAAAUGCACCCUACAAAGGGGUGAGGUUUACAAUACAACAGUGCAAUAAUCAUGUUUUUUGAACUCCCACACUAAUCCCACUGAAUUUUAUAAUUUAUUAUUUAACUAUUGGUAGUCCACUAGUUUUCUAUGGGUUUCCUGACACUUCUUUUCUGUCUUUUGCCUUUAUUGUUUACAGGAAGAC